AUGUCUGCCGAGAAGGAGAAUGCCCCCGCCGCCGCUGCUGCAACUCCCUCAACCGAAGUAGCUGCCAAUGGCAACUCAGAGCCGGUGGCUGACACCAGUGCGGACGUCCCAGACGAGGAAGCCGAGCAAGCUGGCGAAGCUCUCUUUCCUCUGACUGUGAUUCUUCCCAAUGAGCCUCACAAGAUUAACAUGGUGGCUUCGCCACAAGAGCAGGUUCACGAACUGCGCCAGUCCAUUAUUGAACUACCCGCCGCUUUCCAAUAUUCCUGCUUCCACCUCGAAUUCAACGGCGAGCGCAUAAACGACUUUGUCCAGAUAUCCGACGUCAAGGGGCUCGGCGCAGACGCGGAGAUCAACUUGGUUGAGGACCCCUACACAGAGAAGGAGGCUCGUAUUCACGUCAUUCGGGUCCGCGACCUGAUCGGUGCUGCUGGCGAUAGGACUGAUACUCUGCAUGGUGUCACCCCUGGCAUCUCCCUCUUUGACGCCGUCACUGCCGAGACCAAGGACAUUGACAAUGCGCAAGCUGCCAGCUAUGAAUUUGCUGCCGAUGCAAAGCCGACUACACUGCUGCCGAAGGAGGAAGAGCCUGCCCCAAAGACAGUCAAGUCCAUUGCUCUGUCGGCAUGGAACCCACCGCCAUACCACCUUCGACAAAAGGGACAUCUUUUGUACCUUGUUGUUUCGACAAACGAGGGAGAACAAUACCAAAUUACAUCUCAUGUUGGAGGUUUCUACGUGAACAAGUCAUCAAACAGCAAAUUCGACCCCACGCCAAAGUCUUCGCCCAAGGGCCAUUCGGCGCAUUCGCUCCUGACUCUGGUUGAGCAGAUCUCGCCUUCAUUUGCCGAGUCUUUCCAGAAUCUUAUCGAGUACAGCAGCCGUAGAGACCCACUGGCAACCUUCCAGCUGACCAAUGCCAUUCCCGCGGCUCCGUGGCUGGUUCCCAACACAUCCUCGACAGUAAACCAGCACAGCGCAGAUAUUACACGGUCGCAGGAGGGGUACCUGAUUGCUGGUAUUGACAACACGGAUAGCCUUCGAGACUGGAACGAGGAAUUCCAAUCAGCCCGCGAGUUGCCCAAGGAGACGGUCCAAGAUAGAGUCUUCCGCGAACGGUUCAUAUCCAAGCUUUUCGCCGAUUAUACCGAUGCUGCGGCCAAGGGUGCUAUCCUUGUUGCUCGUGGGGAGGUGACUCCUCUCAACCCGACUGAGGGACGUGACGCGCAGAUUUUUGUCUACAACAACAUCUUCUUCUCGUACGGUGCUGAUGGCGUCGGAACCUUCACAACCGAGGGCGGCGACGACGCUGCCAGAGUCGCCACUGGCAAGGAUGUGGCCGGAGUUAGGAUCGUGAACCAACUCGACAUCGAUGGUCUUUACAGCCCUGCUACUGUUGUCGUGGACUACCUGGGCAAGCGAAUUGUUGGCCAAAGCAUUGUUCCUGGCAUCUUCAAGCAGCGUGAGCCAGGUGAGCACUCGAUCGACUACGGUGCUGUGGAGGGCAAGGAGAUUGUCGCCGCCGAUGAGAGAUUUGUCGACACCUUCAGCAAGCUUUCACGAUCGCUUCGUGGCAAGAAGCACGCCGUGUGGGACAAGGACGGUAAGCGUUUCGAGCUUGAGGCUAGUGUUGAGACCAAGGGUUUGAUGGGCACCGACGGCCGGAAAUAUGUCUUGGAUCUUUAUCGCAUUACUCCUCUGGACAUUUCGUGGAUGGAGGAAGUUGGAAACGUUGGCGAGAAUGGGGACUCUGAUUACCCUCAUCGUAUGUCGGUUUUGCGACCUGAGCUUGUUGAGGCUCUCAGGACACAGAAGUGGACUGAGUGGGUCAAUGCCGAACUGGCCAAGCGCCAAAAGAAGCUCGCCGACAAGUCCGAGUCGAAGCAGGAGGGCUCUGAAGAAGCUACCGACAAGUCUGAGGAGAAGUCUGAGGAGAAGUCUGCCGAGAGCGAGGCUGAGAAGCCCGAGAGUGGCGAGGAACAGCAGGAGGACGACGACCGCCUCGAUACAUCUGGCUUCUCCUUUGCCUUGAAUGCGGACGCCUUCAGUGGCCAAGAGCCGCAGACGGAUGCUGAAAAAGAGCAGUGGGCGGCCGAUGAGCAGGAGGUGCGCAACGCCUGUGCUUACCUGCGGGAAAACAUUGUGCCUGAGUUUGUCAAUGAUAUUAAGAAUUCGGAGUUGCCAUUCCCUAUCGACGGUGUCUCCCUCACCCGCAUCAUGCACAAGCGCGGUAUCAACAUGCGUUACCUUACCAAAGUCAUCGCAGCUUGCGAGGGCCCGAGACUCCAGCGCCUGGCGGAUCUGUGCCAGCAGGAAAUCGUUGCUAGGUCGUUCAAGCACGUGGCUGGAAAGUAUCUGCGGUACCUCCCGAUGCCGCUCACGUCUACAUGCAUCGCUCACCUUCUCAACUGUUUCAUUGGAUUCAGCUAUAACCCCAAGCCGGCCGCAGACAUUGACGAGUCGCUCAAGGCCUUGUAUCCUGAGGCUGACCUGGCGUUUGCGGAACUGACCCCUGAAUCGAUUCGUAAGGAAAUUGAAGGCGAGGCGACCCGGCGCUUCAGAUACACCCUGCAAGCAGACUGGCCCUUCCAGCUGAAGCCUCUCCAAGUUUUGCGUGAGGUUUCGUUGAAGCUGGGCUUCCAGUUGCAGCACAAGGAAUUCCAGUUCACCGAGGAUGCCAAGUCCGAAUCCGAGCAGCCAGCCAGCAACGGCAAAGCAACAAACGGGGUUAACGGUCAUGCGUCGGCUGAGAGCAACAGCAAGAAGAAGAAGAAGAAGGCCAGAGAGGGCUCCCCAUCAUCCAAUGCUUCUGCUACCGUUGCGCCCACCACCUUUGUUACCGAUGACAUCCUGAACAUUGUGCCUAUUGUCAAGGACUCGGCCCCGAGAAGUGUCAUCUCUGAGGAGGCGCUUGAGGGUGGUCGCCAUUCCUUGAUGCAGAAUAACAAGAAGAUUGGCAUGGAGUUGUUGCUUGAGUCAUUGACUCUGCACGAGCAGAUCUACGGCAUCAUCCACCCCGAGGUUGCCCGAGCCUACGCCACUCUGGCUCAGAUUUACUAUCAAUUGGACGAGAAGGAGGCAGCUGUUGAUCUGGCGCGCAAGGCUGUCAUCGUGUCGGAGAGGACGCUGGGUGUUGACAAUGCUGAAACUCUACUGGCGUACCUCAACUUGAGUCUGUUUUUGCACGGCUCUGGUGACAGCAAGUCGGCGCUCACCUAUGUCAAGCAUGGCCUUGAUCUGUGGAAGGUGAUCUACGGUGCCGAUCACCCCGACUCCAUCACCACACUCAACAAUGCUGCUGUCAUGCUGCAAAGCCUGCACGCUUACCACGAGUCCCGCAUCUGGUUUGAGCAAUCUCUCGGAGUCUGCGAGCGCAUCAUGGGCAAGAACUCACUGAGCUCCGCUAGCCUUCUGUUCCAGCUUGCCCAGGCACUGGCUCUCGAUAACGAGCCCAAGGCUGCGCUGACCAAGAUGCGUGAUUGCUACAACAUUUUCAAGGACACGCUCGGGCCUGAGAACCAGAACACCAAAGAGGCUGAGAACUGGCUCGAAACGCUGACUCAGAACGCCGUGGCGCUGGCCAAGCGGGACAAGGACCAGCAAGCUAAGAGACUGCGCGCAGGUAUCAAGUUCCCGACUCGCAAUGUCGCUCUGGGCAGCGGUGCCGGCAGCGCACAGACGUCUGUUCUGAGCAAGAGCAAAGGUUCCAAGACUGGUCUGGAUUCGCGAAGCAUCGAUGAGCUUAUCAAGUUCAUCGAGGGAGACGACUCGCAGAAGAAGAGCACCAAGAAGAAGCAGUCUGGACGAGGCGGACCUAAGAUGCGCCGCCUGAGUGUUGCCAACAACUAA